CAGCUUUCCCAAAAGAGAAAGAGAAAACCUCAAAGAACUUCCCACCACUCUCUGUCAAGCUUUCUUUUUCUCUCACUACUCCCCCUUUCUCUACCUUGCUUCAUCCAUGGCGUUCUUGAAGCUUUUAUCUCUUUACAUAACCUUCCUUCUGAUCCUUUCAUCCUCACCCAACGGUCUCACUCAAUCUUCUUCUACUUCAGACGUUGAGCUUAUUUUGCAAAAGAUCAAACCAUCACUACAGGGUAACACAGAGAACUUGCUCUUAUCUUCAUGGAACACAUCAGUACCACUUUGUCAGUGGAGAGGUCUGAAAUGGGUCUUCACAAGCAACAUUCCUCUCCUCUGCAACGACCUCUCUUCCCCACAAUGGACCAACCUUUCUCUCUCCAGAGACCCAUCUCUCCACCUUCUAUCUCUAGAACUUCCCUCUGCUAAUCUCUCUGGAACGCUCCCAAGAGAGCUCGGUGAACUCUCGACCCUCCAAAGUCUUUACCUUGGCGUCAAUACAAUCUCUGGAACCAUCCCUCUCGAGCUCGGGUACAGCUCUUCUCUCUCUGAUAUUGAUUUGGGAAACAAUUUGCUCAAUGGGUCAGUUCCUACGUCGAUCUGGAACCUCUGUGACCGACUCGUUUCACUUAGGCUUCAUGGUAAUUCUCUAUCUGGUUCUCUUCCUGAACCUGCAUUGCCUAAUACUACUUGCAAGAAUUUGCAGUUUCUUGAUCUUGGGCACAACAUGUUCUCGGGGACUUUUCCGCAAUUUAUUUCUAGGUUUCAGGGUCUUAAACAGCUUGAUCUUGGGAACAAUAUGUUUUCGGGUUCAAUCCCAGAGAGUUUAUGCACACUAAAUUUGGAGAAAUUGAAUCUUUCCCACAAUAAUUUUACUGGAGUUUUACCCAAUUUUGGUGAAACUAAGUAUGGUGUGGAGGUUUUUGAGGGAAACAAUCCUGGGCUUUGUGGAUCACCUUUGAGGGGUUGUAGUGGAAAUUCUAGGUUGAGUUCUGGUGCAAUUGCUGGUCUUGUUAUCGGUUUGAUGACUGCAGUAGUGGUUUUGGCGUCAUUGUUAAUUGGGUAUGUACAAGGAAAGAAAAGGAAGAAUGUGGAUGAAGAGGAGGAUGAAUUGGAGGAAGGAGAGGAAGGAGAAAUUGAUGAAGGUGGUGGUGGUGGUGGUGGUGAAGGGAAGCUAAUUUUGUUUCAAGGCGGCGAGCAUUUGACUUUGGAGGAUGUGUUGAAUGCAACGGGGCAAGUUAUGGAGAAGACGAGUUAUGGGACGGUUUAUAAGGCAAAGCUAGCUGAUGGAGGAACCAUUGCUUUGAGGUUGUUGAGAGAGGGUAGUUGUAAGGACAGUAAUCCUUGUAUACCAGUGAUAAAGCAAUUGGGCCGAGUCCGCCAUGAGAAUUUGAUUCCAUUGAGAGCUUUCUAUCAGGGGAAGAGAGGGGAGAAGCUGUUCAUUUAUGACUAUCUUCCCAACAGAACCCUCCAUGACCUCUUACAUGAAUCAAGGGCUGGGAAGCCGGUAUUGAAUUGGGCUAGGCGACACAAGAUUGCCUUGGGGAUAGCCAGAGGACUAGCAUUUCUUCAUACAGGUCUUGAAACACCUAUUACCCAUGGAAAUGUGAGAUCAAGAAACGUUCUUGUAGAUGAAUUUUUCGUGGCCAGAGUCACUGAGUUUGGGCUUGACAAGCUAAUGAUCCCAGCCGUAGCCGAUGAAAUAGUGGCGCUUGCAAAAGCGGAUGGUUACAAGCCACCAGAACUGCAAAAAAUGAAUAAGUGCAAUUCCAGGACAGAUGUUUAUGCAUUUGGGAUACUGUUGUUAGAGAUUUUAUUAGGGAAGAAGCCUGGGAAAAAUGGGAGAAGCGGUGACUUUGUUGAUUUGCCUUCACUAGUGAAAGUUGCUGUUUUGGAGGAAACAACAAUGGAGAUUUUCGAUGUGGAGCUUUUGAAGGGGAUAAGGAGUCCGAUGGAAGAUGGAUUAGUACAUGCAUUGAAGCUCGCAAUGGGUUGCUGUGCACCGGUGGCUUCAGUUAGGCCAACCAUGGAUGAAGUUGUGAAGCAGUUGGAGGAGAAUAGACCACGGAACAGAUCUGCUUUGUACAGUCCUGCUGAAACUAGGAGUGGAAGUGGUACCCCCUUUUGAGAUCUCUUUCAGGAUUUCAUCAAAUUGUGAGUCACAUUUAUCUUACUGCCUAUUAAUUUCUCCUAAUAGAGAGACAGGUGCUGAAUGGUGAUCGCUAUCUUUUCUUUGACUAGUUUCUUUUUCUGUUGUUUUUCCCAAAUAUGAGGGAAAUUGUAUUUUGAAUAUGGCGUUUUAGAUAUAUGCAUCCAGAAGAAAAGGGAAACAUCCUUUUUGUGCAAAAUCAUGAACUUCUAGAUUUGGUCACCUAAAUUAUGAAUAGGGUAAAACACAUUGAUAGUCCUUGAAAUAUGCUCUUUGUUCACCUUUGAUCCCCUAAAUACUUUUU